CUGCGGGGCACAGUUGUCCGCUCCAGGCACAGCAGACCCUCAGCCGACAAUGAACAAGUACUUCGCUCUAUUCGUGGUGUUGGCGGCCCUGGUGGCUGUGAGCGUGGCCGUGCCGUACCCCGCGCCGUACCCGGUGGCCGCCCCCGCCGCCGCCCCCGCCGCCGCCGCCCCCGCGCCCGCCGGCAAGGAGUCGCUCAAGGGCCAGGAGGCGGUGUACGUGGGCUACGCCGGCUACCCCUACCUGUACGGCGCGCCCGUCGCAUACCUGGGCUGAGCGGGCGGCCGACGACCCGGACAUGGACCUCGCUGCUCACGACGACUGCUCCACACGCUUUUCCCUCUUCGUAAUCGGCGUACGCUGCCAUCUACUGUCUCUCUUCCUGCGUCAUCUUACGAAAUAAACGUUUGUAGAUAAACA